AGCCCAGCCUGUGGAGGUUAUAUCUCGCCUUGGCUGUUCCUGUAUCAGACACAUGCUGCUAAGUGCUGGCGAGUCUUUCACAGAAAACAUGUGGCAGAUCAGUUCUACAGCCAUGCAGAGGGCCCUGGAUGUAACCACCUUCCAUCUACGUCAGCUCAUGAUUCUGUUUGAAGUGAACUCUGAAAACUUCUAUGGUGACAGAGGUCAGGUGAAGGUAGCAAUGAGGAGGGACAGUUCAUCUGCUGAGUGUAAACGACUACAGCACCUGGCACAUCAGGUGUUCCUACUGGACAGCCAGGUAUCUGGAGACACGGCCCUGACCAGUGAGGUUGAUGAGGACAAGUCUUUUGUGUUCCUACUUUACCCUCCAGGUCAGGAGAACAGCCUCAACCCUGACGAUAUAAUAGCCAGGAUACCAUUCCGUGGUGUGGUCGUCGGACUCCUGUCUCAUCAACUACUUUUACAGACUGUGGGCAGUGUCCUACUAAAUCCUGCCCACCACCCACAAGCCAAUUCCUCUGAACGGCCUGACCAGAAAGGAGAGAAGGCUGUGGAUGAUGCUGUCACCAAACUAGGUAUGGUUCCAAUGAUGUCAACUCGUAAUAUAUUGACGUUAUUGAAAUGUCUUUGGUGCUCCAAUAAAUUGGCAGGAGAAUUUGAUUCACGUCCUGGUUUGAAGUUCCUCAUUCAGAAAGUAGCUCGGACUGAGGUAGCUGUGAAUCUGUACAAACAGGCCGGAGCCAGCAUGAUCUUCUACAUGAAUACAUUACUACAGAUCUGUGCUUGUUUCAAUGAUCUUUCGCGACCCGAAAUACGGACUUGCUUGUUUGGUCCUGAUGUGGACAAACUGGACAUUGGUCAAGCACUGAGUACACACCUGUCAGACAAGACUGAAAUGAGCUCUAACAAGAUAAUGUUUAUACAACUACUGUGGUGUGUGUGUAAUGAUCUGUGCCAGAUGUACGUGGAUAUGUUGUCCGACGAGUACAUAGAGAAAGCCGACCAGAUGGCAGAGCGAGAGCUUUUCUUCUUGAUAGCCCAACCUGACAGCAUCACGGACAUUGUACACAGCAAGGACAGGCAAAAGGCAGCCCUGGAUACAGAGGCUGUCAUUCAACUACAGGGUGUCAUGGCAACGGAAGCAAUCACUCUCCAAGAAGAACCAGCGACCCAAGGAUUUGAGGAUGUCAUAAAUAUAACAGAAGAAAUAUGUGAAUCUCCACAACAGGAAAUAAAGGGCAUGAUGGGUAAAAGUAAGCGAGAGUUGAGGGAGGAACAUGAUAGCCGAGUGUACACCCUAGCUACAGACACCCUCAUCAAGACCCUCAUGACAGAGUACAAAAAACGUAAACAGCACCAUGCUAUGCCAGCAUUUGUCAAACUAACCAAACAAAAGAAGAGUAAUACUCCUCAGCUGAAGAAAGAAGUUGUUGAUGAAGUUAUAGAGAAACAACAAAAAACAUCAUUAAUGAAGGACAGCGAGGCGAGAGCCCAGUCACUGACAGAACUACUGUGUACCAUACUGGGGCUGUUCCAACAGUUGUCAGACCAAAAGUUUGACGCUCUUCUCCCAGCAAUCUACAACUGUGCCAACCAGCUGGUGUGUCAUGCUCAGGAUCCCCGCCUCAAGGAGGCACUUGGCCAGUGGACACACAGAAUAGGCGCCAUCCUCCAACUCAUGCCGUCAUCUCCAUAGCAACAGUGGUCACAAUUCAAAAUUGACCGAUUUAUACACAGGAUUAGGGAUAAUUCCUAAUCUCUAUGGUAACUGUGAUCUUAAAGAAAAUUGACCAAAGGUAAACUGAUAAUGGCCAUUUCUUAUUCCCAUGGUAAAUGUAUUUAUAUACAUGUGUCAUGUACCUGAUCAAUUGUGCACAGAAUAGUUAGGGUUCAACCUUUUUAGUUAAUUUAAUUAUUCAGGAUAGAUGUCAUCAAUGCCCACGUUUCCGUAGACGCAAGUUUACUGGACUUUUUAUUUGCGAGUAAACACAAGAAUCUCUCUGUCCAUCAACAACAUACCAUGUAGCUGCUUAUAAUAUAGGCAUAUUAUUACAUGUGCUCCAUUAAAUGUUAUAAGUUACAGCUUGUCAAACAAGUUGAAUUUGAGAUUAGUCAUAACAAUGAUAGGAUUUAUUAUAUAGAGGGGACAUAUCAGUGAAUCUCCUUCAGUCAUAGUAAACUGGUGAUAUAUAUUAGAAUUGGUCAGGAAUCUCCUGUUUGGAUUAUGUAAUAUUUAAUUGAUCAUAGACACUUACUGCUAGAGAAUUUGUUAAUUUUUGGCUAGUACAAUCAAUUUAAACGAAGCGUGCAUGUAAGUACUAAAAGCUGUCGUUAUUAUUCAGUAAUAGGUCUAAUUAUGAUAACUUGAUACCUUGUUUUUCUUCGAGUUGAUUUUCGGUUCUAUGCCAGGACCCUUCAAUCAUCAGCCGGGUUCGCUAGAUUUUUCCAUGAUUACUCAGAA